ACCGGGAUCAUAUGAUUGUUCAAUGAAGAAGCACGUCUGAUAGGCGUCGACUUACUUCUUUGAGCCAGUUUUUGGUUUUCUGGCUCUUUAUCGGUUGUUUUUUCGUGUUAGUGGUGCUAAAUAUUAACCUACAGCCAUGGCGCUCAGCGAUGCAGAUGUUCAAAAACAGAUCAAGCACAUGAUGGCCUUCAUCGAGCAAGAAGCCAAUGAAAAGGCUGAGGAAAUCGAUGCAAAGGCCGAGGAGGAGUUCAACAUCGAAAAGGGGCGUCUGGUCCAGCAGCAGAGGUUGAAGAUCAUGGAGUACUAUGAGAAGAAGGAAAAGCAGGUCGAACUCCAGAAAAAGAUCCAAUCCUCAAACAUGCUGAACCAGGCUCGUCUCAGGGUGCUCAAAGUACGUGAAGACCAUGUACGCAACCUGUUGGACGAGGCCCGCAAGCGCCUGGCUGAAGUACCCAAAGACCAGAAGCUGUACACUGACCUGCUGACCGCACUCAUCGUACAGGCCCUCUUCCAGCUGAUGGAGCCCGCAGUGACCCUGCGUGUCCGUCAGGCAGACAAGUCCUUGGUGGAGUCAGUUCUGUCAAAGGCCCAGAGCGACUACAAAGCUCAGAUCAAGAAGGACACUGUAUUGAAGAUCGACACUGACAACUGGCUGUCACCUGACACCUGCGGUGGAAUCGAGCUUAUCGCUCUCAAGGGACGCAUCAAGAUCUGCAACACCCUGGAGUCUCGCCUGGAGUUAAUCGCCCAGCAGCUGCUGCCUGAGAUCCGUACCGCCCUCUUCGGCCGCAACCCUAACCGUAAAUUCAACGAUUAAGCACUUAGCGGUGACCUAUAUUCACACUUGUUACUACUAACAGUUUAUUUAAAGUUCAUAAUUUGUAGAACUAUAAUAUUAUUAAUAUUAUAAUAAGUUUUUUCUUUUGCCUAAUAAAUUAUAUUGUAAUAAUGCGUACAAUUUUAUCGCUGUUUAGAAUGUAAUUUGAUGAGUGUCGCCAGAAAAUGUACAACUGACAGACAAUGUGUGACCCUGUGAGUUUCUGAUUCCUGGCCGCCACACCAGGCCGCUCGUACUGUGCAUUAGUUUCGCCUGCUUCUAUGAUGUCAACAUCUUACUGAGCCUAGAUAUUUUAUUAUAACAAUUCAUUCAUAUAGCAUAAUGUUAUAUGUAUCUUAGAGGAUGUAGUUUAUAGGAUUUGGAGAUGGUUUAAUUAAAAUGUUACCAUUAUUAGGAAAUGCAAAUAUAACCAUAUAUCUAAAGUUGAAACUGUUGUAACUAUGGACUUCAGAGCAACUUGUCCCUUGCAGUAUUACUGUAGCACAAGAACACGCAAUAGUAGAUGGGCGUUAUGUCUAUGUGAAUUAUUGUAGUGUAAUCUUCCUUCUAUGUAUUAUGAACGUUGUUAUUGAAUGUUUCGGAUAAAUGUUUUUCGUGUGUACCGUUGAUGUUAUCAGUAGGGAGAAUUGGAUGCUGCAAGGAUGCCGGGUGACGGCAGCAUCCCACGCUAUGUUCACUCAAAUCGAGGCAAAGAUUUGACUGAGUGCAGGGUGGUGUCACGCGGGGCCCUUGCAGCUACCCAAUACAUUCCUACUACGUGUUUAUCCUGGCAAAUAACAUUCUGGCUUGCUUCAGUCGUUACUCAGAGCACCAUAGCUCUUGUUACGUGUCUACUAUAUUUAUAUAUAUAUUAUCCACAUACAGCACUGUUAAAAUCCUUAUGUAAAUAUAUAGAUGUGUUAAAAA